CAAGCAUAAAUCUGAUGCUUAGUACGACGAAGCCCCCCCUCGCGGUAACCAAUCCCUCGAGUCCGGCGACAAGGACGGAAACCCAUUUCUGAAUCUCUUUUUCAUCCACCCGUCCUCGGUUGCUACUACACAGAGUGAGGGAAGACACCAGAGUUGUCCCAACCAUGAGCUCCACGUCCAUUUACAAAAAUGCCCAGAGCGGCAAACUGAAGCUAGCCACUCUGGAACGACACAUGGCUGCCGGCGAGGACAUCAAUGGAGCCAAUCCCAAAACGAAGUACACGCCCCUUAUGAUCGCCGUGUUGGAGGGCCGAAAAGACGUCGUCAAGCUCCUACUCUCCAAGAAUGCCGACACCAACCGGCGAGGCGCCAAUGGCGAGACCGCGCUCUGGCUAGCGACUUCAAGGGCCCCCAGCCGCAACCGCAAAAAGAUCGUCUCCCUGCUCCUUGCCGCAAAGGUCAAGCCCGAUCUCAAUGUGACGCCCAGUAUCGGCUCCGGCAAUACCCCGCUGAUGGAAGCGCUGGUCCAGUUCGGAGACACUGAUGUUGCCAGCAUGCUCGUGGAUGCCGGCGCAGAGGUGGACAAACAAAACCGCUACGGCAAGACGGCCAAGCAGCUCGCCGAGAAGAAGGACAAGUCGUUGGUGGUUGCUCUGCUUCCUGCCGAGGAGCGGAAGAAGGUCCGGGUUCCCGUCAUCACCAAGAUUAAUAGGCUCAUCGGCCACAUGAUCGCAUGGGUGAACGUCGCGACAGUUGCAGCGGUCGGCGUCGUCGGGCGGUUGAAGAAAGUGUUUAGAAUCAGCGGCGCAAAGGACACGUCCGCACCCCGGAACCUACAAGACUGUGCCACGGCCCAAGACUUCAAGAAGAGUGUGAACGAAUACGUGCAGGACUCUGGUUUGGAGCGCUUCUUUCCUCGAGACAGCGAGUUCCUUCAGAAGCUUGCCGAGGGCUUGGCACGAUUCAAGGACAGCCCCAGCGCUCUCAAUACACCAGAGAACCUGAAGGGGCUCACCAAGCUAUCUCUGUAUCAGACGAUCAUAUACGCCGACGACAGCGGCUCCAUGGACUGUGCAAUUACCGCCAACAGCAACAUCAAGCGCCUGGAUGUGCAGCGGGAAGUCGCCCGGCGUAUCGCCCGGGUAUGUGGCCUGCUCGUACCAGAUGACGGCGGCAUCCAUGUGCGCUUCAUCAAUCGUGACGUUGCCUGGGACCGGCUCAGUGCCGACCAGGUGGACCAACAUAUGGCACCCCUCGGUACGUGUGGCGGCACAGAGAUCGGUACGAACCUGCUGCAGAAGGUGCUGCAGCCGUUCGUUUAUAAUCAGCUUGGUAACGGGGGGCUGGAUCGGCCAUAUCUGAUCUGCAUAAUCACCGACGGAGCACCAACAGAGUCGGAAGGGAAGUUUGCAGAGGCGCUGAAAGAAUGCGCGGGUAAGCUGGAGACGGAGGGGUACGGCGAUAAAGUUGUGACGUUUGUUGUCUGCCAAAUUGGAGACGACAGCGAUUCGGAGGCGUUUCUGCUCACGCUGAGGAAUAGCCAGGAGCUGGGGGACUCGGUUUACGUCUGCAAAGAGCAGAUUGAUGGCAGCUUUGUGGAGUUUAACAAGAACGAUGACGACCUCGAGAUUCGGCUUUUUAAUAUCCUUCAAACGCCGCUUGUGGGCUGA